AUGGCUGAACACAUGCUUAUCAUGGGUGUCACUAGACCAAAUGGCAAGGAACACUUCAUCGCUGCUGCAUUCCCAUCAGCAUGCGGUAAAACCAAUUUAGCUAUGCUUGAGCCUACUAUUCCUGGAUGGAAGGUUCGAUGUGUAGGUGACGAUAUUGCCUGGAUGAAAUUCGGGGAUGAUGGCAAGCUCUACGGUAUCAACCCUGAAGCUGGCUUCUUUGGAGUAGCACCAGGUACUUCAAAUAAGACCAACCCUAUGGCUGUGGCUACAUUCCAGAAGAAUUCUAUCUUUACCAACGUAGGAGAAACUGCCAAUGGCGAAUACUUCUGGGAAGGUUUAGAAGAUGAAAUUAAGGACAAGGUAAAGGGAUGCUGGAUUUCUUUUACAUCAAUGUACGUAGCGCUUUAAGA